AUGGCGUCUACCCUUAGCUCUGCAUCUCAGGCUGCCUCUGGCUCAAUUCAAGGAAAGGUCAGGAGGAGUUGUUUGUUUUCUCCAGCGAAAUUCGCCUUGCUCGUGCUCACGGCCACUUUGGUGAUUUACCCCGGUUGCCAAUCGUUUUCAACGACUCGAGCAGUGACCGCAGAAACAGGGGCUACAGGUUGUGUUGAGGAUGGCAACAAGACUAUGUGCACAUGCGCCGAACAGAGCGUCAAGGAAAAUGGAAAAGGCAUGUCCGCUGUCCUGUCAAAAGGCCAGAAUAUGCUCACACUGGACUGCCAGGGAAAGCUAGAGUUUGCGCCCAAAGCGGCAGACAACAUUGUCUGCUCUCCACAGGAGGAGUUCCCUGGGUGCAAACUCGACCUCCACACACUCCUCUCCGGCAACCCGACCGACGUAAACUGGACAGAAUGCGAACCUAAGGCCAAAAAAGAAGGCAAAUGCAAGGCUCUUUCCAUCCCGCAGGAGAGGCUCCCUUUCACUGACCAACAGUUUGCUGUUGGUUGCGUCAGUGCCGACAAUCAGAAGAAGUGCAGAGUUGCAGUGACGAUGAAGGCGAGGGCUAGCUUGACCGAAGGGCAAACAGUCACUUGUGCCUACGGAGCCGGUAGCAACCAGUUGCACCAAACUGUAAAGCUAAACCCGACACACAACAGCUUCACUCUGGUGUGCGGAGAGAAGGGAGAGGUGUUCCCGCAGAAGUACGACGAGACUUUUUGUACAUCUGAGCCGAAGGGGAAUGAGGAAGCCUGCAGUGGCAACUACCAGUCUGUUCUUCCUGGCUACGAGAAAGAUUGGUGGAAGGAAGAUAAAAAAGCGAGGUCGUUUACUUUUUCCAUCCCGGUGGAUCAGUUUCCGAGAGAGCCGACGAAGAUUAUCGUUGGAUGCCAGCAGAGACUGCAGGAGCCGCACAGCGAGCAACAGAGGGAUAGGGAUGAAGCCUCAGGUCCAACUGUGUGUAACGUUGAGGUGACGGUCGACGCCGCUGCUCCGUUGUCUGCCAGGGCUGGCGGUGUGACACGUUUUCUAGCGUGCGUUGGUAUGUUUGCAAUGCCGCAGCUCUUCGCGUGA